GGAAGUUAAGUGGGAGGGUGUAUUUGGGGUCUGGUGGCAGGGCGUGCUGGUGGGCGGUGGGGCAGAAGGUGUGGUGCAGAGGGUUAGUAGUGAGGUGGGGUGGGUUGCCUUGGUGCCCAGCAUGACGACUCUAUAUCCGGAGGACCAUCCCGGACCCUCAGGGCUGCUGCCACGUCAGAGCAGCUUCCAUGAACACUGGCAUCUAGCGGCUCCAGGAAUCGGCAGCUGAAGUCCUGAGGCACCUGUCCUGAGGUCGCAGAGCCAUGGAGGACCAGGCUGAGCCAGGAGACAAGGUGGGGGCGCCAAACCUGGAUGUGUCCCCAGGGCUCUCACAUACGGGAUGGGUCCCCUCAGCUUCCAGACCCAGAUCCUCGGGCUUGGCUAGCCCACCACCAGGGCCCCAUCAUUUCAUCCUUUGGGUUCUGCAUGGACAGACUGCCCACGCAGCAGGGGAGACCCUUGGGUCCCUGUUGCCCACCUCCCACCAUCACCCCUGCAGGCUGCCAUUCCCCUGAGCAGUGUCAGCAUGCCUCUGGGCACCAGGAGUGUGCAGUGCCCGUUGGAGGAGGCCCAGCAGGAGCUGAGAAAAGCCCAGGGCCUGGAGGGGACACAGCUCUCACCCCAGGCCAUGCCAGUCCCACUGGAGAGUGAGUCCCAUGCCCAUAGCUCCAGCAGCCGUGGGGACGAGGCCGCAGGGGAUGCCAGGGCCUCUCUCCAAGAUGCGCUGCGCAGGAAGGAGAUCCAACUGGUGGCCUUCCUGCUCCUCAAGUACCGCGCCAAGGAGCAGACCACGAAGGUAGAGAUGCUGGAGCUGGUCGCCCAGGAUCAGCAGGACCCCUUCCCUGACAUCUUCAGCCAAGCCUCCAAGGAUUUGCAGCUGGUCUUUGGCAUGGAUGUGAAGGAAGUGGACCCCAGUGGCCACUCCUAUGUCCUGGUCCCCACCCUGGGCCUCACCUGGGAUGGGGUGACCGAAGAGCAGCGCCUCCCCAAGACUGGCCUCCUGGCGCUGCUCCUGGGCGUGAUCCUCCUGUGGGGAGGCUGGGUCCCUGAGGAGGAAGUGUGGCAGUUGCUGAGUGCUGGGAAGGUGUACCCCGGGAGGGAGCACCUCAUCUAUGGGGAGCCCAGGGAGCUCAUCACCGGGGUCUGGGUGCAGGAGCAGUACCUGGAGUACCAGCAGGUGCCCGACAGGGAUCCCACUCGCUGUGAGCUGCUCUGGGGCCCCAGGGCCCACGCAGAGGCCAGCAACAUGCAGGUCCAGCAGUUUUUGCUCAGGCUCCUGAGCAGUCCCAGGGCCACGUGGGCUGGAGCCUCUGGGCUCCUGCUCUCCCCGACCCCAUGGAAGUGGGUCUUUGUUUCCUCUGGCACGUUUUCCCGUUGCUCCUUUUCAUAGAAAGGGGGAUUAGCUUCAGCAUCUGUUUCUGAAUGACAACCACCCCCCUGUGUGUGCGUUCUUGAGCCAUUUCACCAGUCAGUGCUAUGUUGCUGUUUUGUAGACACAUAGGGACACCUUCCAUCUGCGUUUGUGAUCUGGAGCUAGGUCACAUGGCAUCGGCCUCGCCAUUCCCUCAGAAAUGUGCUGGAAA